AUGACGGAAGAAAAUCAAUCCUCUGCCCUGGAUUUCAUCCUGCUGGGAGUCAGUGGUCAUCAGGAACAGGAAACCCUCUUCCUCAUCCUCUUCCUGUUCAUGUACCCCAUCACAGUGACUGGAAACCUGCUCAUCAUCCUGGCCAUCUGCUGCAACAGUCGCCUUCACAACCCCAUGUAUCUUCUCCUGGCCAACCUCUCCUUUGUCGACAUCUUCUUAUCCUCUGUAACCAUCCCUAAGACACUGGUUAAUUAUCUCUUGCACAGCAAGGCCAUCUCCUUUGGGGGAUGCCUAACACAGAUGUAUUUCAUGAUUGCCUUGGCUAACACGGAUAGCUACAUCCUGGCUGCUAUGGCAUAUGAUCGUGCCAUGGCCAUCACCCGCCCACUUCAUUACACAACAAUCAUGAGCCCACGGGCUUGUGUCCUCUUAGUUGUUGGGUCGUGGGUGGUUGGAAAUGCCAAUGCUGUCCCCCACACUCUGCUCACGGCUCGUCUGUCCUUUUGUGCAAACAAGGAAGUGGCCAACUUCUACUGCGAUGCUGUCCCUUUGGUCAAGCUGUCCUGUUCUGACACCCACUUCAACGUGAAGAUGAUGUACGUGGGGGUUGGUGUUUUCUCCGUGCCAUUACUAUGUAUCAUCAUCUCCUAUGUUCGGGUGUUUUCCACGGUCUUACGAGUUCCAUCCACCAAGGGUGUGCGCAAAGCCUUCUCCACCUGUGGGUCCCACCUCACAGUUGUUUCCCUGUAUUAUGGGACAGUCAUGGGCAUGUACCUCCGCCCCCUGACGAGUUACAGCCUCAAGGAUGCAGUGAUAACUGUGAUGUACAUGGCCGUGACCCCGAUGUUAAAUCCCUUUAUCUACACUCUGAGAAAUGGGGACAUGAAGGCUGCUCUGGGGAAACUCUGCAGCAAGAGAAUCUCCUUAAAACCAACGUGAAGUCAUCCAUUGGAGGCUACAGUCCCCAAUUAGGACGCGCUUGGAAAUGCACCCCCAAUGUCAUCUCCCUCCAAUAAGCUGCCUUCGCAAUUUCCAGCGAGAAAUUCCUCUUCUCAGAAAUCUUAUAGCAACUAUGAGUCAUGUUAGUGAAAUUACCACUUUGCACACAUUGUUUUGUUUUGGCAGGAAUAUGGGGUUCACCGCCCAGCUAAGCAAGUGACUGUUACAAGAAAGCUGGGAAAGACUGAAGCUCAGCUUCUACACCCACAUAGUAAAGAUAAUACCUGCUCUGCUAGUGUCAUAAGGAUCACAAUGGUUCAGGCUAUUAAAGCUAGAAAUCACUACUCAAAUGUCAUUUUUACUUGACGCCUAUGUUUAAAAUGGCAUGCCUCUUAAGUCAGGAGCUGUCCUAACAUGUUACCGUACCUUUCACAGUCGUGGUCAAAUAAAGUGCACCCAAUGAAUACUGGUGGAAAGCAAAAUGAAGAUAGGAAAAUAUUAGUCUCUAAACUGUAAUAGAUCAUGACUAUGCAUAAUCACACUGGAUAUGACAACUAUUAUAUACCUGGAAUGUCAAUAAGGACCUACUCCAGAAACAGACAGUACAACAGGUAUGCUGAAAUCAAGAAGAUUUAACAUAGGGAAUUAGAGAUAUAGGUAUAUCCCCCAAGAGAAAAGGGGGAAAUAAAAGGUGAAAAAAGAUUCUGAGAUAACCCAGAGACUAAAGACUUCAGAAAGAAGUUACAUCCUCUCUCAACUAGGGGGACAAAAGGCAAAAGGAGGUGUUACCUGAACAC